AUGAUCGGGCGAAUCUUCUGCCACCCGCUAGACACCGUCAAGGCUCGAUUGCAGGCUAGCACGUCCACCGGUCAAACCAUCACGUCGCAACUCAACCUACGGUCUUUCAGUUUGCAACACCUACGAGGCCUGUAUCGUGGCAUUGGGGUGAGCAUUCUGGGCUCAGCGCCUGCGACUUGCCUCUACAUGACGUCGUACGAGGUCUGCAAGGACGCGCUCAUGGACGUCGAGAUCGUCCGCAGUAGUCCGUCGCUGCUGUAUUUAGGUGCUGGAAUGGCAGCUGAGACUCUCAGUUGUGUACUUUGGGUACCCGUUGAUGUUAUCAAGGAGCGCAUGCAGGUGCAGGUACAGGCUUUGAGUGCGUCGGGAGCUACGCGGGAAAUCUACUACCGCAACACUCUGGAUGCUGUGCAGACGAUCGCGCAUAUGGAACGCCUUGCUGGUCUGUACAAAGGCUACGCUGCCACUCUUCUUUCUUUCGGCCCAUUUUCGGCUCUCUAUUUCAUGUUUUACGAAAAAGGCAAAGCCUUGGCGCAGAAUCGACUCGACGUGGAGGAGCUACCAGCACAAUACACACUUGCAAGUGCAGCUGCUGCAGGUGCUACUGCGUCGUUCCUCACCAACCCGCUGGACCUUAUCAAGCUACGCCUCCAGGUACAACGUGCGUACGCGUCGCAAGGAACUCCAGCGGCAUAUCGCGGCAUCAUUGACGGUCUGACGCAAGUGAUAAGACAGGAGGGCGUGUUCGCACUGUACAAAGGUGCAGGGGCCCGUGUUGCUUUCCACGCACCAUCGACCGCAAUCACCAUGUCUCUUUUCGAGAGCUGCAGACGAGUUUUCGCCUCUCUUCUCGAUGACUAA